UUUGGUAAAAGCGCAUAAAACAAUAGCGACAAUCAUAAGUUCCGUGCCAACAACAGAGAGAGAGAGCGACAUCCUGUGUGUACGUGUGAGUAACAGAAAAACCGCCAACUGCUGCACCAAACGAGCAGCCGUGUGGCCGUGAAAUUGUUGUGAAAAUCAGACGCUGUUGUUGGCUGCAUACUGUAGGCAGCGAAAGCCCCGGUGUGAUUGAGCCUGGGCUGUAAAGAGGUAUUAAAACGAGUGUGUAAAGUGGAGCUCGAUCGUACAAGAUUUUCUUCUUGCUCAGCACCAACAAAUAUAUAAUCCAACAAUUGCCCAACAAUGUACAUGUACGAUCCACCGAAGAAAAACAACUUCACAUCCGUUGAAGAAUUCCAGGAGGCAUUCAAUCUGUUCGAUAAUCGUGGCGAUGGUAAGAUCCAGCAGCAGCAGAUCGGUGAGUGCUUGCGAGCACUUGGCCAAAACCCGACCGAAUCGGACGUGAAGAAGUUCACCAUGCAGCUGAAACCGGACGAGCGUGUAUCGUUCGAAGUGUUCCUGCCCAUCUACCAGGCCAUCUCGAAGCAGCGCACGGCCGAAACGGCGGACGAUUUCAUUGAGGGCUUGCGUCACUUCGACAAGGACGCCAGUGGUUUCAUUUCGUCUGCCGAACUGCGCCACCUACUGACAACGCUCGGCGAGAAGUUGGGUGACGAUGAGGUAGAGCAGCUACUCCAAAACCAGGAGGACUCGCAAGGAAACGUCAACUACGAAGAGUUCGUUCGGAUGGUGAUGAGCGGCUAGAAUGAUCAUUCCCAAGCGCAUUUGUGGUGAUGUUUUGUGACGGUACCAUUCUGUUUUCUCGACAGCCCGUCAGUAGCGGGAAAUCUGGCCAAACACACCGAAAUGCGAACCACUCACACAUCAACCACACGUACUAAUCAGAGAUAGACUUACGGAAGAGUAUCGUUUACUUAAGCUACUUAUGUUUCCAUUCCGGCAACGUUCGUUCAUGACGAUGUGUUUUGCAUCCCCGGAGUAUGUGUGUAUGUGGGAACGCGUAUGCAUGACGAACCGCGCUUAGCAGACAUUGCAUUUUUCCUUUCGACACUUUUACUGCAAGUGUAGAGAAGGGUAGGGCCAGCAUUGAGAAAAACAUGAACAAUAUUUUUGUUUUGCUUUAACCAUAAUCGCAAACAACUGGAACCUUUUCGUUAAUUUUUUUUGCUGUGUAUGUGUGAUAAUGCACAAAACAAGGGAGGAAUUUGUGUUUGUGUUUUGAUGUAACUUUCUUUAACGCUAGCUUUUCGUUACGUCCCCAAAAUUUGCCGGAUAAUAUGAGCUAAACACGAGCCUAGUAUAUAGUGAACGGUAAGGGAAGGAUCUAGUGCAGGAUUAAACGUGCGUUACCGUGGGUACACAAGAAUGUGUUCACUACGCGAGCGAACCGUUGCGACGCGUGUGUCAAAGUAUUAAGCCAAUCUUCCCUUUCCCGAUGGACAGUACAGUAUAUACUUGAGUCAUCCCUUUUGUUUGUAUCGAAUUUAGGUGUAUGUGUAAUCAAGCACUAGGAUCUUCUCUUUAAUCAAUAAAUAUGCUCCAAGUUAGGAGACAUCUAAAUGAUUGUUUUCUUUUUUUGUGUGUU